AUCGACAUUGGUAGCUACUCCGUCUCACGUCUACGAUAGUAUAAAACCUACCUUGCCUGGCUGCUGAUUCUGACUUCAAAAGACUUAUGAACAUGACCAUCCUCAUCGCCCCGGCCACCUCUCGCACGAACUCCUAUGUCAUCGAUGCUCUCCUCAGCCAAGAUCCGAAAGUCUCUCUUCGCCUCCUCUGUCAUUCUUCAAAGUCGGACUCGGCCGUCAAGGAAAAAUACAAGGCGUACUCAUCCGUCAGCACCGUCGUCGCCGAUUUCUUGGACCCUCCGAUCCUCGAGUCCGCCAUGACCGACGUGAACGCCUUAUUCUUGAACUUGCCCCUAUCGAAGAACUCAGUGCAGGCGGGGAAGAAUGCGAUUGAUGCAGCGAAGAAGAAAGGAGUGGAGAGGGUUGUGUUUUGCAGCGUUUUACAUCCGUUUAUACAAGGGAUGAGACAUCAUAGGCAGAAACUGGAUGUCGAGGAGUACUUGUUUGAGUCUGGGUUGAACUAUACUAUUCUCGAGCCAACCCACCUCAUGCAAAACAUACCCCUCUCCCAAGCCAUCCAGACCGGAUCACUUCCCCUCCCUUACGCAACCACAGUCCUGCAGGGCUUCCUCGACAUACCCGACCUCGCACAAAUAUCCGCCACCAUCCUCCUCUCACCCACUCCUUCGGACCACUACUUCGCACGAUACGAGCUCACGGGUUCCAACGCCACAUAUGAAGACGUAGCGAAGGUGAUCUCGGAGGCGGCCGGGAAGGAGGUUAAGUGUGCGAGAGUAGGUAAGGACGAGUUGGCGAAGAGGAUAGGUGCCGGGGAUGAAUGGACCAACGAGACGCUGAGGAUCAUGCUGGAGUAUUACGAAACGAGGGGUAUUCCGGGUAACACCAAUACUACGAGGUGGCUACUUGGACGCGAGCCCGCGAAAUGGAAAGAUGUCGUCGAGCGGGAGAUGAAAGCUAUUCAAGGCCAGUGAAGCCUACACGCAGGAAUGUGUAUCAUGUAAAAUUGCUCUAUAUCGUCUGCCUCUCCUUUUUCUCGACGUGAUGUUUGAAUCACGCAUCAU